UACAGAUGACUGUUAAUAGAUCAGUCACGGAAGACUUUUGUCCCAGCAUUGUCUUAAACCUCAUCGUUACUGAACCUCGCCAGAGUUUAAAUGAAAGAUUGUGCAAUGUUCUUAUGUGGUCCCCUCUCUCCUCCUACACAGUCUUACCCAAGCAAAAUGGAAGGGUUGCCAUUGUGACUGGGGGUACCAGAGGAAUUGGUUUUGAAACAGCAAGACACCUGGCAAGCCUUGGCAUGCAUGUUAUCAUAGCUGGGAAUGAGAGAGAAGAAGGUGCAGCAGCUGUUAGGAAGAUUCACGAAGAAGGGACCGAAGGAACCGCUGAGUUUGUCUUCGUGGACAUGACAUCACUGAAAUCUGUGCGACACUUUGUGCGGUUGUUCAGAGACAGAGGUCUACCCCUCCAUGUCCUGGUUAAUAACGCUGGGACCAUGAUGGUUCCUGACAGACAGACAGAGGAUGGCUUUGAGUACCACUUGGGCCUCAAUUACCUGAGCCACUUCCUGCUGACCAACUUGUUGCUUGAUCUGCUGAAGAGGUCAGGAAAACCGGGCUGCUGCUCUAGAAUCAUCAACAUGUCCUCUGCUACACAUUACGCAGGAGUCAUAGACAUGGAGGACUUAAACAGGAGGAUCCAGUACAGUUCCCAUGGUGCUUACUCCCAAAGCAAACUGGGUCUGGUCCUGUUCACCUACUACCUGCAGGAGCAGCUGACUGCCAGCAGCUGCUCUGUGACUGUGAAUGCUGUGGACCCGGGAAUGGUGGACACGGCGCUGUACGAUAACCUGUGGACUCUGGUGCAGCUGCUCAAGAAGCCAGUAGCCAAGAUAUUGUUCAGGACUCCAGCAGAGGGAGCCUCUACAGCCGUCUAUGCUGCAGCUGCUUCUGAGAUGGAGGGGGUGGGUAGCUGUUACCUGUACAACGGCCAGAAGACGCAGUCUGCGGGUGUUUCCUACGACUCUGAACUACAGGCCAAGCUGUGGAAAAAGAGCUGCCAGCUGGUGGGUCUGCAGGAGGCCUGACCCACCAGCUGACCUUAAGGCUGGAUACUUCUGCAUCCUCAGUCCUCACUGGGACAAUCUUAUCUAACAAUGUUUCAGAAGCCAAACAUUUCAAAGUUUUGCAACAAUAUGCUUGAUUUCAUAUAUAACUUUUACUCAUAUGGACGUGUUCAUUGUGUUAUGAUUUUAACCACCUGUAUUUGAACUUUACCUGACAAAAAAGAUAACUAUACCAAAGGAGCAAUUACAUCCACGGCCUGUGGUAGACCCGAGCUCAUGGCCCAUCAUAUGUACCAGACAUCACAUGUGCCUGUUUUUAAACCACACCUUAAUAUGAUUAAUAUUCCACACAAAGACAGACGUAGAAAGGUCUGAGCUCACAUGAAGCCUUCGUGCCGUAGCUUUACCUGUUCAUGCCUGUAAAUGACUUCUGAUUUAUUCUUCACUUUAUAUUUCACUGUGUGCUAUGAUGUUGCUGCUAAAGGAGCAAAGCGUGCCUCAGGAGUGAUGUAUGCUUUAUCAGUUUUAUUUAUCUAGCACCAAAUCACAACAACACUCACUUUAAGGCGCUGAAAUGACUGGAGCUGGAGGUGGAGCUGGAGGUGGAGCUGGAGGUGGAGCUGGAGGUGGAG